AUGAGGGUGGCACUCCGCACCCCACUACGGGCUCUCGGUUUUGACCCGGCGCCCGUCGUUCGAUAUACCUCAGGUUCUGCUCCCAAGGGGAUUGCGCGCCAGGACACACGCGCAUUAUCCAGUGCAUGGACAUCUGGAUUGUCUCGACCGAAUGUCACGAAUUUUUUUCCGCGCGACUCCCGAGCGCCCUUUUCUACGAAGACAUUUCGUUUGUCUGGAUCGCAAGAGACAGCUAGCGGACAGGGGGAAAAGAAGCAGUCUGAUGCUGGCCAAUCUGGAAAAAGGUGGAUUAAGUAUGGAAUAAUUGGAGGAGUCAUCGCCAUUGGGGCUGUUACGUUUUCCGAGGAUGCUCGACACAUCUACCGCGCUGCAGAGCGUACGGGGAGAGUCGUUGGCACGCUGGCAGUUUGUAUCAAUGACUACCGAGUGACUCUUAAACAAGAAACCGCGACGCCCGAAGAACGAAGCGAGGUGAUUCGCGCCUGCCACAAGCGUUGUGCUGAGCGGACACUGCGUGUGCUGGAAAAGAACGGAUCGAUCUUCAUCAAACUGGGACAACAUCUGAGUAGCAUGGGCUACUUGCUUCCGCUUGAGUGGACGACGACAUUCGUCCCACUUCAGGACAAGUGCCCCGUUUCGUCAAUCGAGUCGAUCGAGGAAAUGUUUGUUGCGGAUACUGGAAAACGGAUCGAUGAGCUCUUUGAAACGUUUGAACCUACCCCGAUUGGUGCUGCGUCGCUGGCGCAGGUACAUAUUGGGACUUUGAAGGGAACUGGCCAGAAAGUUGCGGUUAAGGUGCAACAUCCCGCGUUGGCGGAAUGGGCGCCACUUGACCUGGCUCUGACAAGAAUGACGUUCUCAACAUUGAAGAAGUUCUUUCCGGAGUACGAUUUGGAAUGGCUUUCAAAAGAAAUGGAUCUGUCGUUGCCGCAGGAAUUGGACUUCCGCAUGGAGGCAGAAAAUGCUAACAGAGCGAGCGAAUACUUCAAGAAACACUCAGAUGCUCCUUUGGUAAUUCCAGAAGUUGUUUCGGCCCGGAAACGUAUCCUCGUGAUGGAGUUCUUGACGGGUGCGCGACCUGAUGACCUGGAAUUUCUAGAUGCCAACCAUAUCGACCGGGACGAGGUUUCGGCGGCACUUGCUCAUAUCUUCAACGAGAUGAUCUUCGGCGACGAUGCCCCCUUGCACUGCGACCCCCACGGCGGGAAUAUCGCCAUCCGCAAGAACCCCAACCGAAAGCAUCAAAACUUCGACAUUAUCCUCUAUGACCAUGGCCUGUAUCGUGAUAUUGCUCGUGAAACGCGCCGCAACUAUGCUAAACUUUGGCUCUCGGUUAUUGAAGCGGACGAGCCUGGUAUGCGAGAGUACUCGCGCCAGGUAGCUGGUGUCACAGAUGAGCAGUUCCCUCUCUUCGCAAGCGCAAUCACUGGCAGAGACUACACCGUCUUGACAAAACGAAGCAUCACUUCAACCCGCACCGAAUCGGAGAAGGAGAAUAUCUCUGGCGCUCUCGGUGAGGGCAUGCUACAGCAGCUGGUGGAGUUAUUGGGCCAGGUGCCCCGAAUCAUGCUCCUGAUCCUUAAAACAAAUGACCUCACCCGCAGCCUCGACGAGAAUCUCCGUACCCGACAAGGCCCCGUGCGAACCUUCCUCAUUCUUGCCCGUUACGCGACCCGCACUGUUUUCGAGGAACAGAUGGACAUCGUCCAUGAGAGUGGCGGGCUGCUGCGCCCAUCAAACUUCUGGCGUUUUCUCUGUGCCUGGACGAAGUUUCUUCGCGUUGAGCUGAAGCUCUCCGUGUAUGAAACCGUACUGUCGCUGAAGAGCCGCUUAGGACUAUUGUAG